GACGGUGGCGGUCCUGGGAGGCGCCAGCGCGCGCCCGAACGCUGUCCGCCAGGCCUGUGUCCGCGCCUGGCCUCCCUCGCUCCCGCCUUCCACCCGUCGCCAUCCCUCAAUGCGGGGCUGGGUCGUUGCGUGAUGGGGCUGCGGAGUGGCGUCCUGCGGCUGGUGGCGGCCGCUGUUCGCGCUGAGGUGCGUCGGUGCGGGGUCCCGCGCGCUCCCGCGCGCCGCGGUAUCUGCUGACCCAUUCUUCCCCCGCCGGUCGGCCCGCAGCGCGACUGAGGAAACGUGGACAUAACUUCAAAAGAGAAUUUGCUUCUUUACUUCUGGACUGCAUAUAUACACCAAGGUCAUCAGAAUGUCGGGAGCCUCGGUGAAGGUGGCUGUUCGGGUGCGUCCCUUCAACUCUCGAGAAACCAGCAAAGAGUCUAAAUGCAUUAUCCAGAUGCAAGGCAACUCGACUAGUAUUGUUAACCCAAAGAACCCAAAGGAAGCUCCAAAGUCCUUCAGCUUUGACCACUCCUACUGGUCUCACACCUCGCCUGAAGAUCCUUGUUUUGCAUCUCAAAACCGCGUGUACAAUGACAUUGGAAAGGAAAUGCUCUUGCAUGCCUUUGAAGGCUAUAAUGUCUGUAUUUUUGCCUAUGGACAGACUGGUGCUGGAAAAUCGUAUACAAUGAUGGGUAAACAAGAAGAAAGCCAAGCAGGCAUCAUUCCACAGUUAUGUGAAGAACUAUUUGAGAAAAUUAAUGACAACUGUAAUGAAGAAAUGUCUUACUCUGUUGAGGUGAGCUACAUGGAAAUUUACUGUGAGAGGGUACGAGAUUUGUUGAAUCCCAAAAACAAGGGUAAUUUGCGGGUCCGCGAACACCCACUUCUUGGACCUUAUGUGGAGGAUCUUUCAAAGCUGGCGGUCACUUCCUAUACAGACAUUGCUGACCUCAUGGAUGCUGGGAACAAGGCCAGGACAGUGGCAGCUACCAACAUGAAUGAAACCAGCAGCCGUUCCCACGCUGUGUUCACCAUUGUUUUCACCCAGAAGAAACAUGACACGGAGACCAACCUUUCCACUGAGAAGGUCAGUAAAAUUAGCUUGGUGGAUCUAGCAGGAAGUGAACGUGCUGAUUCAACUGGUGCCAAGGGGACUCGAUUAAAGGAAGGAGCAAAUAUUAACAAGUCUCUCACAACUUUGGGCAAAGUCAUUUCAGCCUUAGCAGAGGUGGAUAACUGCACCAGCAAGAGUAAAAAGAAGAAGAAAACGGAUUUUAUUCCAUACAGGGACUCUGUACUUACUUGGUUACUUCGGGAGAAUUUAGGUGGCAAUUCCCGGACUGCGAUGGUGGCUGCUCUGAGCCCAGCCGAUAUCAACUACGAUGAGACUCUGAGCACUCUGAGAUAUGCUGAUCGAGCAAAACAAAUUAAAUGCAAUGCUGUUAUCAAUGAGGACCCCAAUGCCAAGCUGGUUCGUGAAUUAAAGGAGGAGGUGACUCGACUGAAGGACCUUCUCCGCGCUCAGGGACUCGGAGACAUUAUUGAUAUUGAUCCGUUGAUCGAUGAUUACUCUGGAAGUGGAGGCAAAUAUCUGAAAGAUUUUCAGAACAAUAAACAUAGGUACUUGCUAGCCUCUGAGAAUCAACGCCCUGGCAAUUUUUCCACAGCAUCCAUUGGGUCUCUUACUUCAUCUCCAUCUUCCUGCUCACUAAGUAGUCAGGUGGGCUUAACAACUGUGACCAGUAUUCAGGAGAGGAUCAUGUCUACACCUGGAGGAGAGGAAGCCAUUGAACGUCUAAAAGAGUCAGAGAAGAUCAUUGCUGAGUUGAAUGAAACCUGGGAAGAGAAGCUGCGUAAAACAGAGGCCAUCCGAAUGGAGAGAGAGGCCUUGUUGGCUGAGAUGGGAGUUGCCAUUCGGGAAGAUGGAGGAACUCUGGGGGUUUUCUCACCUAAAAAGACCCCACAUCUUGUUAACCUCAAUGAAGACCCACUGAUGUCUGAAUGCCUGCUUUAUUACAUCAAAGAUGGGAUUACAAGGGUUGGCCAAGCAGAUGCUGAGCGGCGCCAGGACAUAGUGCUGAGUGGGGCUCACAUUAAAGAAGAGCAUUGUAUCUUCCGGAGUGAGAGAAACAACACUGGUGAAGUUAUCGUGACCCUAGAGCCCUGUGAACGCUCAGAAACCUACGUAAAUGGCAAGAGGGUGGCUCAGCCUGUCCAGCUGCGCUCAGGAAACCGCAUCAUCAUGGGUAAAAACCAUGUUUUUCGCUUUAACCACCCGGAGCAAGCAAGGGCUGAGCGGGAAAAGACUCCCUCUGCUGAGACACCCUCCGAGCCUGUAGACUGGACGUUUGCCCAGAGAGAACUCCUGGAAAAACAAGGAAUUGAUAUGAAACAGGAGAUGGAGAAAAGGCUACAAGAAAUGGAAAUCCUGUACAAAAAGGAGAAGGAAGAAGCAGAUCUUCUCUUGGAGCAGCAGAGACUGGAUUAUGAGAGGAAAUUGCAGGCCUUGCAGAAACAGGUUGAGACUCGAUCCCUUGCUGCAGAAACAACUGAAGAGGAAGAAGAAGAGGAAGAAGUUCCUUGGACACAGCAUGAAUUCGAGUUGGCCCAAUGGGCCUUCCGAAAAUGGAAGUCUCACCAGUUUACUUCAUUAAGGGAUCUACUUUGGGGCAAUGCUGUUUACUUGAAGGAAGCCAAUGCCAUCAGUGUGGAGUUGAAAAAGAAGGUGCAGUUUCAGUUUGUUCUGCUAACCGACACACUGUACUCCCCAUUGCCUCCGGAGUUACUUCCCACUGAGAUGGAGAAAACGCACGAAGACAGACCCUUCCCUCGGACAGUGGUAGCAGUAGAGGUCCAGGAUCUGAAGAAUGGAGCCACCCAUUAUUGGUCUCUGGAGAAACUCAAGCAGAGACUGGACUUGAUGCGUGAGAUGUAUGACAGGGCAGGGGAGAUGGCCUCCAGUGCCCAAGAUGACACUGAGAGCACCAUGACUGGCAGUGACCCCUUUUAUGACCGCUUCCAUUGGUUCAAACUUGUCGGAAGCUCCCCCAUUUUCCACGGCUGUGUGAAUGAGCGCCUUGCCGACCGCACGCCCUCCCCCACUUUUUCCACGGCCGAUUCCGACAUCACUGAGCUGGCUGACGAGCAGCAAGAUGAGAUGGAGGAUUUUGAUGAUGAGGCAUUCGUGGAUGACACCGGCUCUGACGCAGGGACGGAAGAGGGAUCAGAUCUCUUCAGUGAUGGGCAUGACCCGUUUUACGACCGAUCCCCCUGGUUCAUUUUAGUGGGAAGGGCUUUUGUUUACCUGAGCAAUCUGCUGUAUCCAGUGCCCCUGAUUCACAGGGUGGCCAUUGUCAGCGAGAAGGGUGAAGUGCGGGGAUUUCUGCGUGUGGCUGUACAGGCCAUUGCAGCGGACGAAGAAGCUCCUGAUUAUGGCUCUGGAAUUAGACAGUCAGGAACAGCUAAGAUAUCUUUUGAUGAUGAGUACUUCAAUCGGAGUGACUUUUCUUCGGUUUCCAUGACUCGUUCUGGUCUUUCCUUGGAGGAACUGAGAAUUGUGGAAGGACAGGGUCAAAGUUCUGAGGUCAUUACUCCUCCAGAAGAAAUCAACCGAAUGACUGACUUGGAUUUGAAGUCAAGUACCCUGCUGAAUGGUAAGAUGGUCAUGGAAGGGUUUUCUGAAGAGAUCGGCAACCACCUGAAGCUGGGAAGUGCCUUCACUUUCCGCGUCACAGUGUUACAGGCCAGCGGAAUUCUCCCAGAGUAUGCAGAUAUCUUCUGCCAGUUCAACUUUUUACAUCGUCAUGAUGAAGCCUUCUCCACUGAGCCCCUCAAAAACAACGGCAGAGGGAGUCCUCUGGGCUUUUAUCAUGUGCAGAACAUUGCAGUGGAGGUCACGGAAUCAUUUGUGGAUUACAUCAAAACCAAGCCCAUUGUUUUUGAAGUCUUUGGACAUUAUCAGCAGCACCCUCUUCACCUUCAAGGACAGGAGCUUAACAGUCCGCCCCUGCCAUCUCGACGGUUCUUCCCGCCACCCAUGCCACUCUCCAAGCCAGUUCCAGCCACCAAGUUAAACACCAUGAGCAAAACCAGCCUUGGCCAGAGCAUGAGCAAAUAUGACCUUUUGGUUUGGUUCGAGAUCAGUGAACUGGAGCCCACAGGAGAGUACAUCCCAGCUGUGGUUGACCAUACCGCAGGCUUGCCCUGCCAGGGGACAUUUUUACUUCACCAGGGCAUCCAGCGGAGGGUCACAAUGACCAUCACCCAUGAGAGGGGGAGUGAGCUCCACUGGAAAGAUGUUCGUGAGCUGGUAGUCGGCCGGAUUAGAAAUAAGGCUGAGGUGGACGAAGCUGCAAUUGAUGCCAUCCUCUCCCUAAAUAUUAUCUCUGCCAAGUACCUAAAGUCUUCCCAUAACUCCAGCAGGACCUUCUACCGAUUUGAGGCCGUGUGGGACAGCUCCCUCCAUAACUCCCUCCUCCUGAACCGCGUCACACCUUACGGAGAAAAGAUCUACAUGACCUUGUCAGCCUACCUGGAGCUGGAUCAUUGCAUUCAGCCAGCCGUCAUCACCAAGGAUGUCUGCAUGGUCUUCUACUCACGAGACGCCAAGAUCUCGCCGCCACGCUCUCUGCGCAACCUCUUUGGCAGUGGCUACUCCAAAUCCCCAGACUCCAAUCGAGUCACUGGAAUUUAUGAACUCAGUUUAUGCAAAAUGGCAGACACAGGUAGUCCAGGAAUGCAAAGAAGGAGAAGGAAAAUCCUGGAUACUUCGGUGGCUUAUGUCCGGGGAGAAGAGAACCUAGCGGGCUGGCGGCCCCGCGGGGACAGCCUCAUCCUGGAGCACCAAUGGGAGUUAGAGAAGCUGGAGCUGCUCCACGAGGUGGAGAAAACCCGGCACUUCCUGCUAGUGCGUGAGCGUCUUGGUGACAGCAUCCCCAAGUCCCUGAGCGACUCCCUGUCCCCCAGCCUCAGCAGUGGCACCCUCAGCACCUCCACCAGCAUCUCCUCUCAGAUCUCAACCACCACCUGUGAGAGCGCCGUCACACCCAGUGAGAGCAGUGGCUAUGACUCGGCAGACAUCGAAAGCCUGGUGGACCGAGAGAAAGAGCUGGCAACCAAGUGCCUGCGACUUCUCACACACACCUUCAACCGAGAAUUCAGCCAGGUGCACGGCAGCAUCAGUGAUUGCAAGUUGUCUGAUAUCUCUCCGAUUGGACGGGACCCCUCUGUGUCCAGUUUCAGCAGUGCUACCCUCACGCCCUCAUCUACCUGCCCCUCGCUGGUAGACUCAAGGAGCAACUCUUUGGAUCAGAAGACCCCAGAAGCCAAUUCACGGGCCUCUAGUCCCUGCCAGGAAUUUGAACAGUUUCAGAUUGUCCCAACUGUGGAAACACCGUAUUUGGCCCGAGCAGGGAAAAAUGAAUUUCUCAAUCUUGUUCCGGAUAUUGAAGAAAUUAGACCUGGCUCGGUGGUCUCGAAGAAGGGGUACCUGCACCUCAAGGAGCCGCUCUCCAGCCACUGGGCUAAGCACUUUGUUGUGGUCCGCCGCCCGUACGUCUUCAUCUACAACAGUGACAAAGACCCAGUGGAGCGUGGGAUCAUUGACCUGUCCACCGCACAGGUGGAGUACAGUGAGGACCAGCAGGCCAUGGUGAAGACACCUAACACUUUUGCCGUAUGCACAAAGCACCGGGGGGUCCUUCUGCAGGCGCUCAAUGACAAAGACAUGAACGACUGGUUGUAUGCCUUUAACCCACUCCUCGCUGGUACGAUCCGGUCCAAACUCUCCCGGCGUCGCCCCAGCCAACUGCAGUACUGACUGCAGGUCUCACCCACCUUCCUUCCGAGAGAUAAAGACGGUGGUAUCUCUCUUUCUCUCUGUGACUCUCGUCUGUAACCCUGCGGCUUAACUCCUCUCCCCCCACCUCGACCGUCGUCGGCACUUUUUCUCCAUCACUGUGUACGCCUUUCUGUUUCCUUUCCUGUGCUGAGAUUCUUGUUAGCAGCAUGGGGCCUAACACAAGGAAAAACAAAACUAAAAACAACACCCACACUAACAAACCCAGAGGGACCCAGUGAGUGUUCACCUGACUUUUUUGAUGUCCUCUGGCUUCCUUCUCUCUGCUGGGUCCCCCUCCGGACCACCUCCGAUGUCCAUACUGCUAUCUCAGCGUACCUUUGUCUUUCAGAACAACUGCACUGUUUCCGUUUCUCUGUUUGUGAUGGUGACGGCAUUUUCGUUUUUCUUGGGUGGCGCAGAGACAAAGGGAGGAGACAUCUGACCUGCUCGGACCCCGAGAGGAACACUCACUGGUCUUUGCAGGGCACAGGCUCUGUGGGCUUCAAAAUGGGGCUGUGAUCUUCUUGGAGCUGAGACGGGGCCUUGUUUUGGACAUAGUGAUGGAAUUGCCAGUUGGCGCAAGUGAGAAGAGAAGACUGUUCAGUAGGCUGAGGGCAGAGGCUGUUCUUGACCCUGAGAGAAGGGAGGAGCCCAAGGUAUUGCUGGUCAGUCCAAAGGACCAGAGAAGCGGGCCGGCUAGGCAUGAGGGCAGCCCCUUAGCAGAAUGCUUUGUUCCUGGGGGCAAGAGCCCUCUGACCAGGCCUCUCUCUUUCCGGGCUGGGCUGUUCAGUUUCCAGAUUCCCUCCUCUGCAUUCGGGAGGGUAGGUGAGUAGGACGUCAUACCUGCGUGUCUCGCCAGAGGGCAGUGUUUCACUUUCUGGGGAAGCACACUCCAUGGUCCUUGUGGCCUCCGCUAGGAUCCUGGGAGGAGGAAUGAAUCUCGUCAGUGCUGGCGCUCACUUUGAGCCAGACGGCAGCUCUCCAAGAUAGGUGUGGAGGCCCCCCUGAAGCCAGUGGUCAAGGAUGCUUGUUUGUGGACAAGGGUAGCUGCCUUCACUCCUAAACCACACACGGGCUCUGCCUUACAGGCCCCAGGCCGGAGAACGAACAACCAACCCCAGGAAGGAGAAUGCGUCCUGACCAGUGGGUGCUGCUCCUCGGCCUGCCCUACACAAGUGCAGAGACCUGGCCCGAGGAGGGAGAGGCUCCGCCUCGGACGGGCUGGGUCACCUGGCCCGCAGAGGCCACCGUAGAAGGUUCCGUUUCGCUCAGCUGCCACCCAGUUCCACAGGAAGGACUUGGGAGAGAGGUCUCCAGUCAUGUCAGUCACUUUACCACCUCUUCCCCCUCCUCCCUGCAACUUCUGUCUAGCUGUCCCUCAGCCACUUGGGAAAGAAGCCCUGCGCCCACUUUGUGGAAGACCAGGGGUUCUGGGCCUUGAGGACACUGGUGGACUUCCUGCUUCAGGCAGGCAGGUGCCAAGGGCUUGCGCCCUGCUGCAAAGUAGGUACCAAGGAGGCUGGUCACCACCCAGAGCCUGGUGUCUGCCCUCCUGGCUGGGUGGCCUCGUCCGUCCUGAGCGCUGCCUGUCUGGUUAGCAAAGGCCACAGACCGGCCUGCGGUGCAAAGGGAGGGUCAGCACUCAGUGGUGGAUCUUUUUUUUUCCCCCCCAAACCGUAGGUCACUAAUUGUAAUGUUACUUGUGUCCAAGCAAAGCCGUGUGAGGUGUUUGAUGGAGGUAGAGCUUCCUCACUGUCUAGUGGGCACAGCCCGCCCGUCUGAUGCACACUCAACCAGGAUCUGUCCCUGCUUGGAGACGGCUCCCUGGGCUGGACUAAACCUAAUUUCAGGGAAAGAAGAUGAAUUGAAAGGUGACUUUGGAAUGAAAUCCCAGCUGCUGCUGCUGUUAGGGAGUGUGGGAGAAGGACUCGAGCCUGUGGGCCGGGCCGGGGACACUGAGCAUGCCACCGCGCGAGUGCACUGAGGGACUUCUGGUUUGUCCUCUAACUCAAACAAGCUCGCUGAGAAAGUCUUUGCUUUGAAGGUGCCAGAGAUUAGAAUGAGCCCGACUGAACUGCGUGCCCGGAAUGUGCCCAGAGAAGAAAGCCGGUUACAAAGCCAGAGGUGGCCGGACCUGGGUGUCCGGCAGCGCACUCGGGCAGCUGUGAGGGGUUCCUGCACAGCAGACAGGCACAGGCAGCCCCUGCCGGCACCCCCAUUUCCUCGGGUUGGAGUGGAUGCAGCUUUUCUGUGCCAGGCCCUCCCCACGGCAGCUCUCACAGGGCCUUCCAGCAGUACCGGUAGCUAUGACUGGCCGGGAAAGAGGUUUCUUAUUUAUUUUGUGCCUAAAGGUUUACCUCCUUUAACAAAGAGGGAAAACUAAAAAGCAAGGAAGAAAACUUGUGCAAAGUGAAGAGAAUUGAGGGUUAGCUAUGAAACUGCUCAUCUUUGCUCCCUUCCAGCACCCCAGCCCUCCUGCCUCCCACCUCCUGCCCAAGAGCAUCCCAGCUGCACACCACAGGGUCCUGAGCCUCCGUUCUCUGUGCACCGACCUGGGGGUCAGUCAGCCCUCAGUGUGCCCAGGCCAGCCAGCCCCCGCACAUGCACAGACUCAUGACCAGGCUCGGGCCUCAGACCCCAGUGCUCUAUUACAGAGUGGUUUCCCAACCAAGAGACCAGCCCCACUUGUGUUUCCUUUCCUCUAGCUGCACACAAUGUGUGUCCUAUACAGGCUGCCCGUGGGCGUCCACUCUGUCGGUCAGAAAGGUCUUGUUGAGCUAACCGUAGGAUGACUUUUUCCUGGCACAUAUUUCAAAGCAAAGACUUUGUUGCCUGCUGCUUGUCAUCUGAUUUACAGGGAUAUUUAAUUUUGUAAGGUAUAUGUAUAUUUAUACAGCUAUAAUUUACUGCACACUGGACUGGAAAAGAAAGGAUUCUUCUGUGUGAAGCCCGGCCAGUGCUGGGCCUCCCAGGCGCUGUGUCCACUCGGUCUCACCUGUGCAGGCUCGGUGGGCCGGCUGUCUCUCCAGCUGUCUCUCGCUGUCUGGUGCAGGUCCUUCGGUUUUCCUUUCCAUCCCUCUUUAAAUGUGAUUGUUAAACUGCUCCUUAAAGAGACAAGACUAACUCUGCUGCUCGGCACGGCUGCUGCCUGCCUGGUCAACCGGACUCUUCCCCUGGGUACCCCGAGGCAUCCCUGAGGCUGUGGGCCAGCCCAUGACCGUGGGCCGCAGGGGAUGCCCUCGCUUGUGCUUCCUUGGUCCAAUGAAAUAUCAGCUGAGAGAUUCUUUGUGUUGUUCAAAAGGCCAUUUAUGAGUUAGUAAUUGAGCCCCACAAAAUCUGAGGGAAGCCUCCGGUCAUUUCGAGAGUAAAUUGUCAUUGGCAUAAAAUUCAUGUUGAAAACUCCCGCCCCAUGGCUGUGCCCAGGCGGACAUCAGGCUGGGGUUGCUCCCUGGCCAGCCCCUGGCUGUGGUGUGGUGGUUUCACACCUCAGACCAACCCUUUGCUGGCCUCGGGGACACUGUGGCCACUGAGAGGCCCAUCUCUGUCACUAUCCUUACACUACAUACCACAAAACCCGCGACGCAUAAGUGGCCUUUGUGAACCAAGACUCUGCAAACUGAUCUCUCCCCAGUGAAGGAGUUGAGCACACGAGCAACAAUGUACAUUCUAAUUUCGGAUUUUCAUUUUCACGUUUGAUUUUGUAAAUAGGAUCGGAUGUCUGAAGCUUGAGUAUACAGAAUGUAAAUAUGGUUCUGGUAUUUGUACUAAUUUGGAUUCUUUUGCUGUAUAGCCUUACGUGUGCAAUGCAGACAUUAUCUAACUGUGUAUGGUAACCUUGCAUCACAGAGCUAUUAGUGAACGAGGUCAAACAAUAAAGGUACAACCAGUGCA